AUGAUUAUGCUAAAUGGCGAAAAGUACGCAUGUGAUCUAUGCAUUAGAGGUCACAGGUCAAGUUCCUGCAAUCAUAGGGACAGACAGCUAACAAAGUUGAAACCAAAAGGUAGACCUUCUACCACAUGUAUGCACUGCAAAGAGAUGCGGAAAGUCAAAAAUGUGAAUCCAUCGGGCGGUUGUCCUUGUGGGAAGAUACAGAACUCCAAGAAUGAGAAUGAACUAAAAGUUUUAAAGAAGGCGGCUGCUGGGUGUACUUGCCUGACUGGUGGGACAUGCCGUUGCCAUAUAAAGAGAAGAAGGGCCAAGAAUGAAGAUCAGAGUCCUAUCUCAACUACCCAAACAACAGAUUCAUCUGUCGAUAACUUAUAUGAUGACCUCAUAUCAGGUCCAAUAUUGCUAGAUGAUGUCUUAACACCAAUCUUUGACGAUGCAUCUCCAACAAUGUCAGGUAGUGUGCAACAGGGGAGCAUAAAAAAUCUGUCACCCAUUGACGAAUUUUUGAUUGAUCCAAAAACACCUUUAACUGUAAUUUCUGAUGAUGAGCAGAAUUCUGACUUGUCAAGUGCCAUUAAGAAUGAGUCUUCAAUGGCAGAUAUUAUUAAACAAUUUGCUGAGUCAGACCUCCAGGAUGUUAAUGGCCUGACUCCGACAGAUCUUUUACAACCAAAUGGUGAAGAAGUAUCUCUCUUGAUGACUAAAACAGAACCACAACUGAACAAUGGUGAUGAUAAAAUCCAAAACCCAAAAGAAAACGAGGACGACCUAUUUAUGGAUCUAUUAGACCUAAACAAUCUGCCUGAAAUAAAUCAGUAUGAUUACGAUUCCCUUAAUAUAGCCCCAAAUUUGGCAUUGAAUAAUUCAACGCCGUCAUAA